AUGUCUGAAUCUCUCCGCGUUCUACUUGUCGGCAACGGCGGCCGCGAACAUGCCAUCGCCUGGAAACUCCUACAAUCGCCCAAGAUCGAGCACAUUUACGUCUGCCCCGGUAACGGCGGUACCGCGACGCUGAACAGCAAAGUCACCAACGUAACAGAUGUAAAGGACACCGACCUUGCCGGUCUCGUCAACUUCGCAAAGGAGAAGAAUGUCAACUUGUUAAUACCAGGACCUGAAGCACCACUCGUAGCAGGCAUUGUCGACUACUUCCAGGAGAAUGGUCUCAAGAGCAUCAAGGCGUUUGGACCAAGCAAGGCUGCCGCACGUAUGGAGGGCAGCAAGACAUUCAGCAAGGACUUUAUGAAGCGACACAACAUCCCCACCGCCGCGUACGAGAACUUCAGUAAAUACGACGACGCAAAAGCGUACCUCGACUCCAUCUCACACAACGUCGUCAUCAAGGCUUCGGGUCUGGCAGCAGGCAAGGGUGUCAUCAUACCACAGACCAAAGAGGAGGCACAUGCGGCGCUCAAAGACAUCAUGCUGACACGAGAAUUCGGAACUGCGGGUGACGAGGUUGUCAUUGAGGAGUUUUUGGAGGGCGACGAACUAUCAAUCCUUACGUUCAGCGAUGGCCGCACGAUCAAGUCCCUACCACCAGCACAAGACCACAAGCGUAUCUUCGACAACGACGAGGGACCGAACACUGGAGGAAUGGGAACGUACGCGCCAACACGCAUCGCGCCCAAGGACGUACUCGAGCGCGUAGACAGGGACAUCCUCCAGCCCACCGUUGAUGGCAUGCGAUCCGAAGGUUUUGAGUUCAAGGGUGUACUAUUCACUGGACUUAUGAUGACCAAGAACGGACCCAAGGUAUUGGAAUACAACGUUCGUUUCGGCGAUCCAGAGACACAGAGUUUACUCGCGCUCAUGGAAGGCGAUCUUGCUGAAGUCAUGGCUGCAUGUGCAGACGGACAGUUGAAGGAUGUGGACGUCAAAGUCUCGAGCAAGAGUGCGGCGACGGUUGUUGUAGCUGCAGGUGGAUACCCUGGAAGCUACGCAAAGGGCACAGUCAUGAAGUUGGAUGCUGUGCCAGAGGAUGUCGUUCUUUUCCACGCUGGAACUUCUUUCUCCGACAACACACUCAAAACAGCUGGUGGUCGCGUCAUCGCAUCGACAGCCACUGCGCCGACACUGGAGGAGGCUGUUGCGAAGGCUUACAAGGGCGUGGAGUGCAUACACUUUGACGGCAUGCAGUACCGCAAGGAUAUCGCGGGCCGAGCACUGAAGAAGUAG